AUGUCGACUCUGCAAGACAAAGCGACCAUUGCUAGCUCCCUUGCGCUACGGCUCUUCGCGUUCAUCUUCCUAAGAUGGAUUCCCGGCCAUCCUUUUCCGCCAAUAAUCUACACCUUAUUUGCCAUCUACAUUCCGUCCUUCAUAGCCAGUUUCCUGACCCAGCCUCAAUACAAUGUUCUGGAAGAUGAUGUGGAUAUCACAGUAGUAGAGACCGAGGUUGAGGACCAGCCGCCUGUACUUGCAUCAAGCGCCGCACAUUCCAAGAAUCUGCGGAGUGCCGAUAAACCCAAACAUGUGGUGGAGGAAGUGGAGGUCCAGGAGACACUCUUUGUAGAGAAGAGGUCACCGAAGCCAUGGAAGACUAUGUUGACUGGCCUGCCUAGUCCCACUUCGGCCCUGCUGUCUUUGGCGACGUUGCUGGUUAAUGUGGCUCUUGUUUUGGCUGUAACGGAUCUGGUGUACAGAUCCAAGGUCAUCCAUCCUAGCCACGACCUCUCUUUCGCUCGACUAGGAUAUGUCUCGCCCACCGAGGCAAGUCUGUUGAUCAGAGAGCCACAUCCAUCCCAAUGGCCGGUUUUUGUGUCUUACAGGCUCGCUGGUCAAGCUGCUCCAUACGAUGAUGCGGCAUGGCAUGCGGCAGGACAGAUAAAUGGCUUCAGCAACGAGACGGAUUAUACUGGGGUGGUUACCUUUCCUUUACCAAGCCAUUCGGAUCGGACCUAUCAAUGGGUAACUUCAAACAACCACACCGGAUCAUUUUCUGUACCUCCAAAGCCCGGUCAUGUUGGGAAUCAAGGCACGUUCACCUUCCUUACCAGCAGCUGCAUUAAACCUCGAUUCCCUUAUAACCCUCUCGACCAUGCACUCAGCAUUCCGGGAUUCAGACACAUGGGAAAAGCCAUCAAGUCAAUCCCCGGGGGUGCCCAGUUUAUGCUAUUCCUGGGCGAUUUCAUCUAUGUGGAUGUCCCAAAGCGGUUUGGAGUUUCUGUUGAGGAUUACAGGAGAGAAUAUCGUCAAGUCUAUGCCUCACCUGAUUGGCCUGCCGUAGGCCAGAAUUUGAGCUGGAUCCACGUUCUGGACGACCAUGAGAUCGCUAACGACUGGGAUGCCAAAACGACCGGUGUCUAUGAAGCUGCCGCAGAUCCAUGGUAUCAUUAUCAAACAGCUGUCAACCCACCUCGUGCACGUCAAGCCGGGACUUAUAGCACCCUGAGAAAGGAUGCCACAUAUUUUGAAUUUACGCAGGGCCCAGCCUCGUUCUUCAUGUUAGACACUCGGACAUAUAGAGAUUCUUCUAGUAAUAUACCCGUCAAUAGCACAGAGAAGACUAUGCUCGGCGCUGAACAACUGGCCGAUCUUCUUGCUUUCCUCGAGAAGCCCGAGCCAAAAGGAGUCAAAUGGAAGAUCAUCGCUUCUAGCAUUCCCUUUACUAAGAACUGGCGAGUUAAUAGUCUCGAUACUUGGGCUGGGUACCUUGCUGAGCGACAGACGGUCCUAGAGGCUAUGUGGGAUGUUGGAAGUCGAGGAGGUGUCGGUGUGGUCAUUCUAUCUGGUGAUAGACAUGAAUUCGCAGCGACUGCUUUCCCUCCAACCCAGGGUGGAAAGUGGCCUCUUAGUGCUACUGUACACGAAUUUUCGACGAGCCCGCUUAGUCAGUUUUAUUUGCCCUUUCCAACGUAUCGCCAAAAUGACGAAGAGGAUGUUAUGGUUAAAUAUAUACCAGCGGGUAACUCUAAACUUGGCGCUAUUACCAUCGAGAACACUUCUAGUGAUCAAAGCAUCUUGAAGUUCCGUCUCUAUGUCGAUGGUGUCGAAGCGUGGUCGUCAGUUGUUCUUUCGCCUCCAUCUAUUUCAGGAAGUCGAUGGAGUAAGGAUGCGUUGUGGGGUUAG